UGAGGAGAAGCCAGAGGUCCUCGGUGUGUCCUCAGAAGUCUGCCUGAAGUUCUCACCCAGUCACUCUGAGGAUGGAGUGGUCUACCCGGGAGCUGUUUCUCAACUUCACUGUUGUUCUGAUCACAGUUCUCCUCAUGUGGCUCCUUGUGAGGUCCUACCAAUACUGAGAGGCCAUGCCAUGCUCCUAGGAGCGACCACCAUGAUCUAGAGCUGCCUGCUGCAUGCCCUAGGCUCCCAAUGCUGUUGAAAUGGGAUGCCAUCCUUGGCAACCCAAGCAGCUCUGACCUGUACUCACAAUGCCUGACACACCCCAGUGCUAGGUCCAGGGUGUGUUUUCUAAAGAUGAUGUUCUCAUGGGCU